AUGGAAGCUGAAAUCCUUAUCAUCCCGUUCCCUCAUCCCGGCCAUAUCUUCCCGGCGACUGAGCUGGCCAACCACCUCGCCGGACGUAAUCUCCGUAUAACCCUCCUCCUACCAUCCACCUCUUCUUCCGUCUCUCUCCACCCUCUGAUCCGCAUACAUGAGUUCUCUGUUCCCUCUCUAAUCCGCUUCCGUCCUGGCCUUCUAGAAGAGAUCAUCAUCCCCCUUCUCACUAAGCUUUCUUCUUCUUCUCGUCCUCUUUGUGCCAUCGUUGACGAGAUGAUGGGCUGGAUUUUUGACACAUGCCAAGAACUCAAAAUCCCAACCGUUAGUUUCUUCACCUCCAGCGCCUGCUCCGCCGCAUUGGAACACGCCACGUCGAGGUUUCCCAAGGACGAGGUUAACCCUAGUCGGCUUCUCACUAUUCCGGGUCUGCCAGAUGAUAUGGUCUUGACCGCAUCCGAUAUGACUCACCUGGGCCCGCCACCACGUUUUCAGAGAAACACUGGGCCCGGUGGACCGGAUGGGCCGUCCCGUAAUCAUGGGCCGAGGAAGAGGGGCUUAGUGGCCUCAAGCAGCACGGUGGCUUUCCUUAUGAACACGUGCGACGAGCUCGAGCGUGUGUUUUUGGAUUAUUUGGCGGCGGAGGCCGGGAAGCCGGUCUGGUGCGUGGGUCCUUUGCUUCCGGUCCGGUUCUGGGAGACGACGGGGUCUGGUUUGGUUCGAGAUGGGGAGGUGCGUGCCAAGCUCGAGUCAAGCGUCAGUGAGAAGGACGUGAUCGAGUGGUUGGAUGGGAAGCCACGUGGGUCGGUGAUCUACGUGUCAUUCGGGUCCCUGGUGGCCCCCACGGAGGAGGAGUUGAUCGAGCUGGCUGCGGGGCUUGAGGACUCGAACCAGCCUUUCAUUUGGGCCGUCCAGGCUGGGACCGAGAUCGUGAAAAAUGGCUUCUUCUCUCGGGAUGAGUUCGCACACCGGACUAAAGGAAAAGGGCUGGUGAUCAAUGGGUGGGCCCCGCAGCUCCUGAUCUUAAGCCACGUGGCGACCGGAGGCUACGUGUGCCACUGUGGCUGGAACUCCACGCUGGAAGCACUCGGUUGUGGGGUCCCAGUGCUGACGUGGCCAGUGCGUGGGGAUCAGAUACUCAACGCCAAACUGAUGACGAACCGUUUAAAGGUGGGAUUACCGAUCAAAGCCGAAGCCGACGCGGUGGUGACACGUGCUGACGUGGCGAAUGGCAUCAAGAAGCUGAUGGCCGACGACGAGGUCAAGAAACGGACAGCUUCCAUCAGAUCCAUCUUCUCCCAAGGAUUUCCCAAGAGCUCCUCUGCUUCUCUAGAUGUUUUUGUUAAUUUCCUCACUACUAGUACUAAGUACUAA